AUGGUCAAAUACAUCACCGUGAAAGCCAUCAAUAUUCAAAAUCUCGGUAUCAACGAUGUUACUAUUGCUCCUCCCGGAGGCGCUCCCACCGUCACACUGGCUAUCAACCAGCAGGCGCAGUUCACUGUCCAGGGUGGAUAUACUGCCCGCUACGGCACUGACCUCCUGACCGCUUUCUCUUUCGAGCUCAGUGGAGGAAACUUUAGCAUCACUCAAGGAAGAGUCACCGACGAUGCGAUUGCGGCCAAUGUCGCUAUCACCCCCACCCUCGCCUGA